AUGUCAUCGUCAGAGCCAGAGCAAGUCGGACCACCCAAGUUCAAACUAGCACAAGAGAGGGAACUAUACAAAUAUCUUAAAUUCAACGAAGUCCUCCAACCUGGCCCAAGCGUCCAUACAACACCUGAGAAUGUACGGAAUCAACAUACUGCCUAUAUUCCCCGAUCGUCGCCAGAUACCGCUUUGACGGCCUUCGCCCAGCUAGGAGUUUUAAGAUUGAAGGCUCGACGUGCCUUGAUCUCGCUUUUCGGUCGGGACCAACAGUAUGUCCUCGCAGAGGCCACUCAAACACUCAGUCUUCAAGAUCAUUCAGUGGAGAAUGAUCGAGAUGCUUUAUGGUUGGGUUGCUGCGUUGUCCCCAAGGAGCAUGGGAUAUGUCAACAAGUCGCUUCUCUGCCCCAAAUGAAGCCAAAAGAAGACAAACAUGUGGUCGAGGGAGGUAUAUACAUGGUACCGGAUCUGCGCGAAGAUGACCGGUUUAAUCAGUUGAACAUGGUCACCGGCACCCCCAAAGCAAGGUUCUAUGUAGGCGCCCCCAUAAUCAGUUCGAAAGGGAUCACCAUCGGAUCCUACUGCGUUAUCGAUGACGAGCCACGAUCCGGAUUGGACGCCCCGUUGAUAAAGUUCCUGCAAAAUAUGGCAUCGACUGUCAUGACCCACUUGGACAUGGCCCGAUGCAAAGCGGAACAUCAUCGUGCAGAGAGAAUGAUCGUUGGGUUCGGAAGUUUUGUGGAAGGCAAGGCGACGCUCCGUAAGGAGUGGGUACAAGACACUGGACUACGCCUGAAUGAACAGCAACAUGACGAAGGCCACCUGAAUGUUAUGCAGCAAAAUGCACAAAUCAAAUCCGGUCUACUCACAACUGUCCACACUCACCCCUCAUCGCCGCCGCAGCAGUCACAAGCUUCACGAAAUCAUUCUGAGAAGUUUGUAUCCUCCGAAUUGUCCAGUAUACCAUCAUCGAGCCCCUCCCCAGGGCCAUCUUCCUCAUCGUCAGCAACCCAGUCCGACAAGAGUUCAGACGCCAGUAUCGAUCAGAUAUCAAAUCUCAACAAAGCUGAAACGCAAACUAGUUUUUCCGUCCGAAGUACGGCAUCCACCGAAAAUCUACAAGAAGACAUGCUUUCUAUCGGAGUGCGCCAAGUAUUUUCGCGAGCAGCUAACAUCAUCCGAGAGUCAAUAGAAGUUGAAGGUGUGGCGUUCUUCGACGCAAGUAUUGGGUCUUAUGGUGGUCUCGUCAACGAUACGAAGCGAAAGGGGCCAGGCUCAGACAGUGGUACCUUGGAAAGCUCCAUGGGCAGCAGCGACGAUAGCACCGGGUCUGAUUCCCAGAAAAGCUCUACCGCAUCAGCUGGGAAUGACACCAUCCCAGAGAAUACGACCUUAUGUGAAAUCCUAGGCUUCUCGACUUCGACUACAUCCAGUAUCAACGAGGAAUCAAAAGGAAGACUUGCCCUCCGGGAAGCAUUGCUGAAGACCCUUCUGCGGCGCUACCCGCAGGGCAGGAUUUUCAAUUUCAGUGAAGAGGGAUCGAUGUCGUCUGACGAAAGCAGUGAUGGGCCUUGGAAUAGCUCGUUAGACCGUGAGGGCUCAAGCUCGGUCAACCUCGACCUCAUUGGUAAAAGAGCAAGAGGAAGCCGGAAAAAGACGCGCGGUGCCAUGCUCAAAGAGGAUGGAAAUGUCCUCAUUCGACUCUUCCCUGGAGCUCGCAGUAUCGCUCUCCUGCCCAUGUGGGAUUCACACCGAGCUCGGUGGUUCUCAGGCGCUCUGGUAUGGACAAACACACCUCGGCGUGUUUUCACGUCCGAGACCGAGCUUACAUAUCUUUCAGCCUUUGGAAACAGUAUAAUGGCGGAGGUGCAUCGUUUGGAUGUCGAGAUGUCGGAGAAGGCGAAAACAAAUCUAGUCAGCAGCAUCUCGCACGAAUUACGAAGUCCUCUCCAUGGCAUUCUUGGCACGUCAGAAAUACUUCGGGACACGGCGAUGAACGCACUUCAGCACGGAUUGGUACACACCAUCGAAUCGUGUGGGCGGACAUUGCUGGAUACGAUUAACCAUUUACUGGACUUCUCGAAGAUAAACAACUUCCGGAAGGAAGGAGGCAAAAAAGCUAUUCAUAAACGGAAGAGCCCUUCAAGACGACACAAAAACACCGACCCAUCACCUCACAGUAUAAAGCCUUCACGACGGACGCGGCAUAGCGGGAUGAUCAGUCUAAAGUCUGAUAUUCAGCUAGAUGCCGUUCUAGAAGAGGUGAUGGAAAGUGUCUUUGCAGGCUACAGUUUUUACCACAGCCCACAAAGAUCAAUGGCGAUAGACCGUCCGAAUCACAUGGCACUAGACGUCUUGGGGCCCGACCAGCAAUCGAGUCAGGUCAGCAUCAUCUUGGACAUCGAUGAAGCUGCCGAAUGGAGGUUUUCCACCCAAAUAGGUGCAUGGCGUCGGAUCAUGAUGAAUCUUUUCGGCAACGCCCUUAAGUACACCAACACUGGCUUUAUCUUAGUGAAGUUGACUGCGUCGCCUGUCACUCCUGCCAACGACGCCGUGCCUGGAGGACCUUCUGAUUUCAAGGUGACCCUGACGGUCAAAGAUACAGGUAUCGGGAUGAGCAUGGAGUAUCUGCAGAAUGGUCUGUUCACUCCAUUCACACAAGAAGACUCGCUUGCCCCUGGAAACGGACUCGGGUUCAGCAUUGUACACCAUGCAGUUCUGUCCAUGGGUGGUCAUAUCGAAGUCAGUUCACUCCGGGGUCGUGGUACCGAAGUCUCGAUUGAAGUCACCCUUACCCAUAUGCCCACACAAAUGACCAGAUCGAGUCUCUCCGAACCCGAGCCCCUUUUGAAAGUGAAACACCUUACACGUGGCGCGACCCUGGGACUCCUGGAGCUUGGAUCACCUGACAUCUCCGAUCGCGAUACAAUUCUCUGUACUUCUCUAGAGAAAUUGUGCAAGAACUGGUUCGAGAUGGAUGUCCGUGUCCUGACCCCAACAGACACUUCUUCCCCCGAAUACGAUUUCUAUGUUGUAGUGCAGACCGAUACCGAUUCAGUGAACACUUGGGAAUCAUGGUUGUUAAAGACCCAGAAUUCUUCCCAUGACAAUGCCAGCAAUCGAAGAGUUCCGAUUGUGGUGAUUUGUCGGUCGCCGGAGGCAGCACACCUCAUGUCUGUUGCAGCAAAUCAAUCGAAUCAGCAGGCUGUUGUCGAAUUUAUUAGCCAGCCCUGUGGCCCGCGCAAGUUGUCCAAAGCAUUCAACAUUUGCAUCAAGCGACAACAAGGCCAGGAACCUUUGACUGGGGGUAACUCUGAUAUAGAUCAACCUCAGAGGAAGAAACCGUUCCAGUUGACGAAAUCAUCUCCAGCUUCUAGGGAGGAAAUCGAAGCACAACGUGCAGAUGAUGAGCUGGAUUUCCAAAAACACAAAGCAGGAAAAAAGGCGAUAGACGAUGAAUAUCGCAAGUUAGACGAAAAAGAAGACCCACAACAACCUGACGGUACUCAUCUUUCUCUUUCUCGGGCUGAAAGUGAUGCCAUUACUUUGCCAAUUCGAGAGGGUUUACCAGAGAAAGAGGAGCCGACACUGACAGUGUUGUUGGUUGAAGACAAUGAUAUCAAUUUGCAAAUACUGGUUGCACAUAUGAAGAAAGAAGGAUACAGGUACACGAUUGCCCGCAAUGGUUUGGAGGCGUUGAACACUUUCAAAGCCCAUCCUAGAAAAUUUGGAGUGGUCCUGAUGGAUAUCUCCAUGCCUAUAAUGGAUGGGUUCGAAUCUACUCGACUUAUUCGCAAGGCUGAGCGAGAAUAUCAGAAGACGCUCCAUAUCUCUGCACAAGAAUCAUUUACACCUGCGACUAUCGUCGCUAUGACCGGCCUCGCGAGUGCUAGUGCUCAACACGAAGCUUAUGGGUCCGGAAUGGACCUCUUUUUAACGAAACCGAUCCGACGAAAAGAAUUAUUCACGGUAUUGAAUGAGAGAAGCCCAGGCGAGGUCGAGAAACCUUCUCAAUGA